AUGAGCUUGGCCUCCUCUCUUGCCCUGGGCAGCGGCCUCUCCCUGCAGGAGACACAACAACGGGAGGCUCAGGCCGAGCUGUUGCUCCUCCAAUGCUGGGGAGAGGACAAGAAGGCGAUGGUUCAGGACACGGCCAACAAGCGUUCGGAGAUGGACCAAACGGAGGAGCCAGAGAGGGAGCGCGACGCGAAGUACUCCAGACCGGACUCCAAGGGUGGCUACGGCAGGGGCGGGAGAGGCAAGGGCAAUCAGCCAAAGGCCAGUGGCCCUCGCAGACAGCCCUUCCGCCGCUCGGCGGAGACAGAGGCCGGGGCGCCGGAGGGCAUGAUGUGGCUUCUGGGCAAGCUCCUUCUUCGGCACGAGGAUCAAAUGGGCAUCGACAAGACCCAAAACGGCUUUGUCAUGUUCUUCAAGCGAGAGAGUGCUCUAUCCCUGAUUCCUCUCUUCGUGCAGAAGUCUCAGCACUGGAAUGCCCUCAAGGAGCAGAAGCAGGAAAAGAUGGACGAGAUUGCUCUCCCUCUCAGAACCUUCCUGUUUCAUACCCUGUUGGAGGCUCUGGUGAAGCGCAUCAAGGAUACCGUGCAGAACGACGAGCAGCUGAAGACGGCCACCACCCUCCAGGUGUUCCUUCCACGGGACGGCGACGCGGAGCUACAGGUGCCUUUUCUAAGCUACAACCAGGAGACCAAGACUCUGGCGCCUCGGCAGGAUCUGCAGCCCCUUCCGGUCUCAACGAUGCUCGAGAAGCUGCAGGUCUUACAGAAGCAGUGCCUUUGUCCCCUGGCCAUCAUGCGCUUCCACUCCACCCAACGGCUCAGCGGGCCUCUCCAGGGCCCCACCGUGCCCUUCCUGCUUCAGGUGGGUCACAGAUCGCCGGAAGCGGCCGAGCUAUAUCUGAGCCUCCGCUCGCUGGCCAAUUCAGCGAUUUGGCAGUUGGUGGGAGGGUCCCUGCGCCCGGAGAAAAUGGGUCGCUCCGCGCUGGCGACAGAACUUGCUCGCCGUCUGCAAGGGCCCUUCACUCAGCGUGAUCUGGUCCGCGGCCAUGCAUUCAGUCAUGCGGAGAAUGACUACACAGGAAGCUGCACAGAUUUCACUGCAGAUUCAGAGGUUGAUCUCUUCACGGAUGUGGUGUUCACGGCCACAGCCUACGCGGCUGGCUACAAGAUAUUGGCUGCCGUCAGUUCGGUUUCGUUGAUUACUGCCGUGGUGGUGCAGCUGACCUGCUCCGGCGCCUCCGGUCUGGCGAUGGUGGUUAAGGGCCGCAAUGUCUACAUCCCCCUCGUCCAGGUGUGGAUGGCCUGCGAGCUGCAGGGCAUGGCUUGGCUGGGCCAAACCACCUACGUCGCACGCUUCGGAAAGGGCGACAAGGUCUUCGAUAUGGGCCUUGCCAGCAAUCGGCACUUCGCGACGAUCAUCUGCGAGCAGUUGCCGCAGAUGAUUCUGCAAUCGAUCUACUUCCGCUUGACCCUGGAAGACCUCACCCUACAGGCCCGCGUCCAGCAGUGGGCCUCUGUCGCCAUUUCAAUAGGAGUCAUGCUGAACAAUGCCCGGCAGGAGGGCUGUCUCUUCUUUACGCCUUGCCUGCUCGUCGCCGUUGCCGUCAUCGUGCUCAUAUUCCCCGCAGAGCUCGUGGAUUCGGAGAUUGUUUGGGUCUGA